CCAAGGGGAGCUGGAGGGGACCUGGGAGGGCUGUGGGGCUCAGAGGGACCUCACAGGGAUGCUGUGGGACCCCAUGGGGACACUGGGGGGGACUUGCAGCUCCCCCAUCUCUGCUCCCCUCCGGCUGGACCCAGCCCCCCGGAGGGGCACCCAUCGGGCAGUGCCAGGCUGCUUCCUCGCUUGCGAAUGGGCCCUAUGCCUGCCCUGGGGGUCCCGGUGCGGCGAUGGGGGGAGCAGAGAGCCCCACCCCCGGCUGGCUCUGCCUCAGAGCUGCAUCCUGCUCUGUGCCCCUGUCUGCCCCAGCCCCCCCCCCGCCCCCCCGCUUCGGAUUAAAGCCGUUGGUGCCACCCGCGUGGCAGCCUGUCUGUGCCAUCGUCCCGCGGGAGCCUGGGCUCGGCCGGCGCCGCCGCGCGGGGGGCACUGCGCUGAGCUGUGUUUGCGCAGGGAAUUGGCAGAGUGGCCUCUGCCCCAGGGCAGGCCUCGGGGGGGUCACCUCGGGGGGGUUCUGCUCCGGCUGGACGUGGCACUGACGUCCAUCCUGCCGGUUCCGGGCGCCCCAUGGGAUGCCAUCUGCCAGGGACGUGCCCCUCUGCCUGGUCCAGCCGAGUGGUGGUGUCAGGGUCUGGGGGGGGCACACCCUCGUGCUCCCCAGCUGCGUCAGCAGGAGGUCUGCCCGUAUUGGGCACCAGUAUAAAGCCAGCCGUGCCAGGUGGGCAUCCGGCAGCUGCCAAGGACUCAGCCCGCCCGGGAGCAUGGCGAGCGCCUGGCUCUGCCUGCUCUGCCUGGCCAGCGCCGGCCGCGUCCUGCCUGGCACCGUGGAGCUGGCGCUGGGGCUGGCACCAGCCCAGAGCCUGCCUGGGAACAACCGGGAGGAGGUGGAGCUGCAGGUCGAGGCGCUGCAGGAGGUACUGGAGAAGCUGGGAGGCAGGGAGCUGCCCGUGGUGGAGAAGAGGCUGAGCUGGGUGCCCAUGUGCCAGCCCGGGGAGCCGUGUGCCGUGCGGAGGGGGGCACGGUUUGGGAAGCUCUGCAGCUGCCCCCGUGGCACCACCUGCAACUUCUUCAUCCUGAAGUGCUCCUGAGGGACUGGGCACACAGUGGGCACUGGAGACAUCGAGGACAUCGAGAGCAUCAGGGAUACCAGGGAUGCUGCUGCCACCCACCAGAAUGCUGCUCACCCAGGCUGUGCCCUCUAUGCCCCCAGCCCCCUCCCUGGGCACAUGUCUGGAGUUGUGGACACAGCACCCUGGCACCCUUGGGUGCCCUGGCACAUGGGGCUGUGGGUGCCUAAGGCCGCAUUAAAGGACUCAGAGCCCUG